AUGGGACUCGAUCCGACGCGACAAUGGACGUCGUCUCGUCUAGCUCCGUCCCAGACGACGCUGCCCGAUCUUUUGCAGGAACCGCCGUUAAAGUUCUCUCCGCGAUCCGUCACGACACUCGACGAAGAAGACGAGGAGGACGACGGUUGGGACCGAACCCUGAGGCCCGCCGCCCUGGAACCGCAUCCUCGCUCCGUCACCCACUCCCGCGAGUCCUCCAUCGAAAAGCUCUCCCAGCCGCUGCCCCCGGUCGCCGGCUCGAACCUAACUUCGCCUCGGAUAAUACACAACCACUCCCAGUCGCGCUCUGCCAUCGGCGGCGUCAUCGAGCGAGUCGUCGACCCCAAGAGCGCCUCCUACGGCCAUCACCGCCAGACCUCCAUAGUCCACGGCAUCCAACACUCUAGAAAUGGAAGUCACGCCAGCUCUUCUUCGAGCCCCCUCAGCCCGCAGAUGAUUGCCGCUGCCGGCGCGAGCCUCACCUCAGCCUCCUCAGACCGUCCCGACAUGCAUGCCGUCGGGCGAUUGGACCCGGACGCGCCCCCGGGGCCGCGUCCCGGCACCGCCCUGUCCGGCACCACCGUCAACACUUCCGGCGGCCCUCACGUCCCCGAGAGGACCUCUUCCGCGACCGACUUCACGAACCCUUCCCUUACGCAGAGGAAGAUGGAACGAAUGCACAGCAAGUCGAGACGCGACCACGCGCACCACCACUCACACUCCUCGAGGCACCACAAGGACGAGCAGAAGACCGUUGGAGAAUACGCGCUGCAUGUGCUCUUCACAUCCUUCAUCGCCCAAGCCGAGGAGAAGCUCAAUGACUGCAUCACAGUACCAUUCGAGCCCGAGCCGCAGGUCGAGCAGAUCUGCGGCCCCGGAGUCGAUCCCUCCUUCGAUCAGAUCAUUACCGCCUUAGGCCACAUCGCCCGACCACGACCGAAACCCCUGAUAGAUUCCAUGAUGCUGUGGAGGAAAAGCAAGAGCGACGCCGCCAAUGAAGCCCGGAGCCAGCUGCAGCAGUCGAGGGGAGGAGCUGCCCCCGUGCCUCUCCAGCGCAGAAACACCGAGCCGCUUCAGCCCCUGUCCGGCGGAGGACAGAUGGACAACGGGCUCACGAGUCCGCAGACCUCCCUUGCUGCCAGACAAGAAUUCGUCGCCCACGCCGAACGCCGCUCGACGGUCUCGAUCUACAUCCUGUGUCGGGUCUUGUUGGAGGUCAUCAGCCAGACGAGUCUGCCAUUUUUGACGUUGGAGAUGGAGGAGAAGCUGGAGGGCAUUAUUUUUGGACAGCUCAAGAUCGCCGAUACCGAUCAGCUGAUGGUCAGCCCCCUGAAGCUCGCCAAUUGGAAUCUUUUCGCCCAGCUGCUAGGCGUAAUGAGCGAGAUCAACUUCAAGGGGGUCACGGACAGGUUUCUCGGCGACAUCGAACGAACCCUCCAGGAGUUGGUGGUGAAGAGUCCGACUUCUCCGGCUGGCCGCGAUGCCGAGGGCAAGAUUGAGCUGGUUCUGGGCGGAAUGAAGCAUCUGAAGGUCAACAUGGUCCCGCAGGAAGCUUGGGAGCAGUGCUGCGAAUUUCUCGUCAUCGUUGGACGGCUUUUUCACCGCUCCCACGGCCAGCGCGUAAAGACGGCUUUCUGCCAGGUGCUCGAAGUGCUGCUGCUCUCCGUGGCCUCCAAAGCCACAAACCAGGACCUGGCUCAUCCGAAAUGGAUCGAGGUUCUCGGUGCCAUUGGCCCUCGGCUGGCGCAGAUGUUCAUUAAGCCCCGGCACUGGGGCUUUGCGUUCCCCCUGACGGCGACCAUGCUCUGCGUAUCCACGCCGGAGACUUUCGGAUCCCAAUGGCUCCAACUGAUCUUACCGCUGCAGCCGAAGCUGAAGGAUCGCUUCACCCGCCCACUCUGUCUCCAGGUCAUUUCGAGGCUGUUGUGGACAUAUCUUUACCGAACAAACGAUUCCCUACCAAACACGACGAGGAAACUGGACGAGGUGAUGAAGUUGGUCCUGCCGCCCACGAAGCGAAGUCUGAUUGCCGCCGAUUCAGCUGUUGCGGAGCCCAUUAUCCAAAUCAUCCGAAUCAUCGGCUACAAGCAGCCGGAAUACUGCUUCAAGCAUGUCAUUUUCCCUCUCAUCAACGCCGAGGUGUUUGUGACGAACAAGGAGCUCAAGGUUGAGCAGCUGGACCCGGAUCGGAUGGUCAUUGGCAUCAGAGCUUUCCUUGCCAUCAUGGCCGACCUCGAAAAGGGGGAUCAGGGACGGCCACCCUUCCCAGUCGCAUUCCCGCCACCAUCGCCGCCAGAACGCGUCCCUACAUCACCCGUCAUGGCAUCACCACAUAAUUCUCUGAGCAUCUCCGCGCCCGGAGAAGGCGAACAACUCUCUCGCCCUGUGCGCACGUCAGCCCUCAGCGACGUGGUCAGGGAAUACUAUCAUAAAUUUUGCGAGAUACUAGGAAAAAUCACCAUUAUUUGCGACAAUACCUUUGGCGGCCAGGCUGUGUUGGACGAAAAGUUCAACAGCCCCGGCCCGAAGACUCCCAUUGCGGACACAUUUAACUUUUCGCGGCGAGACGACCAUCAGUCUCCCGCAGAUCACAAACAGGCGUUCUACGAGCUAUUGCAUGUUGCGGUUCAAGCGUUGCCCCGUUGUCUCUCUGUCGAUAUACCCUUCAACUCAUUAAUCAACCUUCUCUGUACCGGAACCGCACACGUGCAGUCCAAUGUCGCGUUCUCGUCGGCCCAGUCGCUCAAGGCCAUUGCGAGACAGGCCCAUGCUCAGCAAGUCACAAUGGGCUUUGCGAGGUUCAUAUUCAACUUUGACGACCGAUAUUCUACCAUGUCCGACGGGGGGAUGCUCGGCCCUGGCCACAUUGAAAGCACUCUCCGCCUGUACGUUGAGCUACUACAAAUUUGGAUCGAGGAGAUCCGGCGAAAGACUCGCGAUGCCUCGAUUGACCAACUCGAGGCCAGCGACAAACGGGGGGCGAAACUCGAUCUGUCUGGUAUCUGGGCUGAAGUAGACCAGGCCGAAGCCCACGGACUGUUCUUCCUGUGCUCGCAGUCUCGGCGGGUGCGAUACUUUGCCAUUACGGUUCUCCGGCUCAUCACCGAUUUCGACAAGGCCUUGCAGAACCAAGACAAGGACACCCUGAGAGUCAUCGACAUUCUCGAGAACGACUCGAUGCAGGUGAUGAACUUCAAGGACGAGGGUUUGUCGGUCGCUGAACGCAGCAGGCUUCAGAGGGGAAUGCAGAACAGCAACAACCGCGGCGCACUCGUGGAGCUGUGCACCAGCGAUGUGUCAUACGAUACCACGCUGUGGUUCAAGCUCUUCCCCAACCUGAUCCGCAUAGCGUACGAGAAAUGCCCAUUCACAGUCACCAUUGGCCGGGACCUGAUCUGCAACCGAAUCCUGCAGAUGUACAAGGCCAUUGUGCUUCUCUCGGAGCCUUCCAGGGGUCUCUACUACGGAUCUGAUCCUGGCAGCGCCCGCAUCGCCGGUAGGACACCGACGACACAACCCGAGAUCCUUGUGGAACAGUGGAAGCUCUACCUCAUCUUCGCCUGUACGACAUUGGCCGACCCGGGAGCUGUCGUUCCCGCCAACCCGCAAGGGACACAGCAUACCCGAAAGACCUCCAAGCCCACCUCGGCAGACAAGAUUGUCUCAGCUCGGGUGCUAUUUAAGUACCUGAUCCCCCUCCUCUCUGUCUCCUCGGCUUCUGUGCGAGACGCAGUGGUCCUCGCUAUGGGUUCUAUCAACAUCCACAUCUACCGCACGCUUCUGGAGGAGCUGGCCGGGCAAGUGUCGCGCUGCAACGACGAAGCCCGCGCCCGCAUCCAUCAACGCACCAACAGCAGCCCGCGCCGCAACCGCAAGAUGGACUUGCUCAGGACGGAGAUCACGCACGUGUACAAGCUGACCUGCCACUUCCUCAAGCAAGAAGAUGUCUACAACGACGAGUGGGUUCUGACCAAUCUUGUUACAUACACGAGAGACCUGAAGCUGUUCCUCAUGGACGGUGAGGUGCAGAUGGACUGGGAGUUCCAGAAGCUGAGGCGCCACUACUGCGGUCUCAUGGAGGAGCUCUUCGGAGGCAUCAACAGAACCAAGGAUCCUUCUCGCUGGAUGACGUUUGAGUCCAGGAAGUCCGCGUUCUCCUUGAUGGAAGACUGGUGCGGCUUCUCGCCGAACCAGACACAGAUUCGGGUCCGCGAAGAUACCAUGAGACAGUCCCUCAUCGACCAGCAGUCCCUGGGCGAGAGGGGAACGGUCACCGCGGCCAUGGAAAUCGAGAAGCGCAACCUGCGCACCGCAGCUCUGAGUGCCAUGGCAGCCCUCUGCGGCGGCCCGAUGAGUAUCACCACGGAGAGCGGCAACACGCUCCAAUUCGACGUCCGGAGGAUGCUGGCGUGGAUCGAGGCCAUUUUCAACUCGGGCAGCGACCGAAUGAACGUGAUUGGACGGAGAGCUCUGCAAAACCUCAUCGUUCACAACCAAGAGUACCCGUAUCUGUUGGAGCAUUGUAUCGCGCGUUGCUACCUGACGGACGUUUCCAAGGUCCAGGAGAGCUACUUUGCAGUGGUCACUCAGGUCCUGCUGGAGCACCUCGACUACUCGUGCCCCUUUUGGAAGCUGCUCGGCCUCUGUCUCUUUACCUUGGGCAACGAUGAAAGCGAGAUCCGAUCAAAGUCCGCCCGCGUUCUGAGGGCACUCGAAGAGCGACAACAGCCGGGCCGCACUUCCAAGAUCCAAGACUACGACAUCAGUAUCUCGGACAAGACCAAGGCGGUGUACAAGCUCGCCCAGUUCGAAAUCUCCAAGCGACUCGCCAAGCAACACACGGAGUUGGCCUUCCACAUCUUCUCCGAAUUUACGCUCUACUUCAAGGAUCUUCAAGCGGCAUCCCAACGCAACGUAGUUGCUGUCAUCUUACCCUGGAUUCAGUCUAUCGAGCUCAAGGUCGAUCCGAACGGCGGCCCGAUCGCUCAGUCAUACGUUCUCCUGGCCAAUUUGCUGGAAUGCACCAUCAAGUCCAGCGGCGCUUUGCACAACGAAGUCCAGGCCUUGUGGCAGGCUCUCGCUACGGGGCCAUACCCCGGAAACGUGCGGUUGAUUCUGGACUUCAUCAUUUCGCUGUGCCUCGAGCGCCGAGAGCAGAACUUUGUUGAAUAUGCCAAGCAGAUCGUGGUCUUCCUCUCCAGCACGACAAGCACCCCUGGGAUGAAGGUUGUCGAGUUCCUUCUUAUGCAGAUUACCCCCAAGGCCAUGGUGCCAAAUGAGAAGAAGGACGCCAUGCCGCCGCCGCCCGACAUCGGUCUGCUACCUUACUGUGCAGACCUCGGAGAAGCCCUCCCUGUCGGCACUAAGCAAGCUGGGUUCUCUUUGGGACAGCUGUCGCUCAUCCUCUUGGUGGACCUCAUGGUGUCGCCCGUGCACUUGACCCCGGACAACGUGCCGGUGCUCCUCCAAGUCGUCACCGUUCUCUGGGACCAUUACACGCCUCUUGUACAAGAGCAAGCCAGGGAAAUGCUAGUCCACCUGAUCCACGAGCUCGUCAUCUCGCAACUAGAUGACCAGACUCCGCCCACGGCUCGAGCGUCGAUCGAGGAUCUCAUCGACCUCAUCCGUCGCCACGAUCGCUCCGUCGUCUGGGGCUACGAAGACAGCAACGGCAAGGCCGACGACCACGACAACAAGGUCCCCCCAAGCAUGGAGUUCCUCACGGCCGAAGUCGUUAAGACCUUUGAGAUGACGUAUCCUGGCAUCAAGGACCAGUGGGGCAGACUGUCCUUGACAUGGGCGACCUCCUGCCCCGUGAGACACCUUGCCUGCCGGUCUUUCCAGAUUUUCAGAUGCAUCCUCACCUCGCUGGACCAGUUCAUGCUAGGCGACAUGCUCGCUCGCUUGUCCAAUACAAUUGCUGAUGAAGACACCGAGAUCCAGACUUUCGCCAUGGAGAUUCUCACGACGCUCAAGACACUCAUCCUCAAGCUCGAUGCUGACAAGUUGCUCACCUUCCCUCAGCUAUUCUGGACGACCUGCGCUUGUCUGGAAUCAAUCAACGAGCGGGAGUUUUUGGAGGCCGUGGAGAUGCUCAACGAGUUCCUCUCCAAGGUCGAUUUCCAGCUGCCGCAUGUUCGCCGUAUGUUACUUGACGGCCAGCCGUCGAGAUGGGAUGGGCAAUAUGAGGGUCUGCAAUCUCUUCUUUACAAGGGCUUAAGGUCUUCAGUAUGUAUGGAAGCGACCCUCAGCACCAUCGACAAGCUGGUCCAGCUGCCGAGUGACGGUCUCAUUGGAGAUGACAGCCGGGUCUUCUUUGCUAUCCUAGCCAACUUUCCCCGUUUCCUGCACGAGAUGGAGCUGGAUGAGCCUAGUGAGUCCGUGCUGCAGUCCGCUGAGAUCCUAUGUGCGGUUGCGGAAGCUCAGGGCCUCGGCAACAUCUCUGUUGUCCUCGAGGAAUACGUUGCCUUCAAAUACCAGGGCAACAGCAGAGAAUUUCAAAGCCGUCUCUUUGGGGCUUUGAAGGAUCACUUCCUGCCCAAGCUGGACUUCAAGAUGGUCAUCUUCCUGAUGGGCCUGCUCACCAACUCCACGGCCUGGGUUAAGCUGAAGACGAUGAACAUUCUCAGCAUCGUCAUACCCGAGAUCGACAUGCGCAAGCCCGAGCUAGCCGGACACGGAUCGGAUCUCAUCUCGCCUCUCCUGCGCCUGCUGCAGACCGAAUUCUGCAUGGAGGCGUUGGAGGUCCUCGACAAUAUCAUGACAAUGUCGGGCAGCGCCAUGGACAAGCAGCACUUGCGCAUGAGCAUGACGCGCUCGACCUCCAAGACGAUCCGCAAGGAAUACGAGCGCACCCAAAGCCUGUUCGGCAUCCCGGAAGCAUCCGGCUGGGCCAUCCCCAUCCCUGCCAAGAAGACGGAUCUCACGCGCGCCAACAUCCACGCAGCGUUCUACAUGUGCCAGACCGCGGAGGGUAUCAUGACGGAGGCAACGCCGACGCCCGACGUCGAGUUCCAUACAGACGAUUUCCCCUACAGCUACUUCCACCAGAUGCCCGACCGUACCGAGACGAUGAUGUCGGACGAGGGCCGCGGCGACGGCCACCUCGGCGAUCUCGUGACGAAGCUGGACAGCCUCGACGACUUCUUCGACGACCUCGGAACAAGCCCGCCCAGCGACGGCCGCUCGUCAAAGACCAUCACCGAGUUCUCGCCGGACAGCUUCGAGUCCGGGGCGCAGCUGUAUGAUGAGCAAAUCCUGCCUAUCUUGCACCAGGCCUCCAACAACAGCACGUUCCAGAAUGGGUUUACUGACAGGCCACCAGCUACGGCAAGGGACCCGAGCAGCUCCAACACGAUGAAUCCUGGAGCCUUUAGCGCGUCGGCGGGCGGGUUGAUGGCGGGCAACGGCGGGUCGCGGCCGGGUCUGCACCUGCGGUCCAUCACGUCCCCGUCCGCGCCGGCGUCGUACCAGCCGCACAUUAGCGAGUUCGCGUCGGACGACGAGUUUCCCGAAGACGUUUUCUCGGACGCGGACGACGAGCGGCCGAGCACGGGGCACGGCGGCGAGGGGUCCUUCUCGCUGGAGAACAUGAUCAAGCCGCUCGCGCAGAGCACGAGGUCGAGAAUGCGCCGUCUGACGGGCGGCCGAUCGCGCGAGAGCGACCGACAGCAGGAGCUGUUCCGAGCCGAACGAGCCGCGGCCGCGCAGGCGGUUCCGAAGGUGCCUACCAACUACUUGACGAAGAUGCCUCCUCAGGGAGAGAUGUUGUAG